AGAGGCUCUCGAAUAACUGGUAGAAUGCGAGGGUCGAUGCAGACCCUAUAUAGGGAGAACGGAAGGGGGGGGGGUUCUAGUAACAUUCAUUGUGUUGUGUUGAAUCAAAUCCCAAAGGUGUCACGUUUAUAUUGAAGUUCAUCGGUGGUCCAACAUUUUCAGACGACGAGAUCAAUAUUUGUACAAAAUUACGUGAACUUCGUCGUAUUUUCUUUGGUACACGGAUGACUAAACUGUGUUUACUUAAGCCAUGUAUGCUGCGGAAGUUGUACUCUAUCGUGCUAACAAGGGCAAUCAAGUUGGCAGUUGAGGAGCACCCGUAUGCAAGCACGACUGGAAAAGGGUCAAAUAAAGAUGGCUGAUACCGUCUCUUUUCGGUUCCUGGUCUUGAACGCACUUGUUCUUGGACUUAUCUCGACGAUACCUUGCGCAAGUGGGGCUAACUUCUUGGCAACGCUGUUCCAUCCGGUGGGACAAGCCUCGCAUUACCGCUUUGUUGCACGAAUCACCUCUGGUCUAAUGGCUAGAGGACACACGGUAACACUCUUGGUUGCUGACACAUAUGAGCUCAAAGGUUUCGACAAGGAUGAUGUCGCUACCAGGAUUAUAAAAUUCAAGACAACCACCUCGUUGCCCAUUAAAUCCAUAAUGAACGACAUGCUCUCAACACCUGACCAAGCUGAACCUGGUGUCAUGUUGACGAUGACGAUGUUUCUGGCCCUAAGAGACUACUCCCUUCAGAGCUGUGAAGAUUUGUUCAACAACCGUGAACUAAUGAUUGACCUCCGGAAGCAAAAGUUUGACCUCGUCCUCCUUGAAAUGUUCGUACCCUGCGAUCCUUUGUUGGCUGAGUACCUAAAGGUACCUUAUAUUGCUAUGACGGCAAGCCCCAGGUUUCCCGCUUACGACGAGGACGUCUACAACAUGGAGAUGCCGUCAUCGUAUGUACCAUUCGAAAGUAUGGGCGACCUCACCGAUGAGAUGAGUUUUGUUCAACGGAUUCAGAACUUCAUUGGACGAUACGUAUUGUCGAAGCUUCUGCAGUACCUGAACACGAGGCCGUAUCGUAAGUUACAGCUUGAGCACAACAUUGACCCUACUUCCUCGAUCCGGGAGAUUUCUGGAAGAGCUGAACUGUGGUUGUGCCACAUAGAUUUCGCUCUUGAGUUUCCCCAUCCUACUGCUCCCAAUUGGAUAAUGAUAGCUGGUCUGGUGGCAGAAGGAGAGACCAAGCCUUUACCUCAGGAAUUGGAAUCGUUUGUCCAAGGAUCGGGAGAAUACGGUGUCAUUGUAUUUAGCUUGGGAUCAACCGAUGUAAAUCUAUUAAAUGAGCGAAUGAACGAAGACUUCGCGAAGGUUUUCAGUGAAUUGCCGCAGAGGGUGCUAUGGAAAUAUGUUGGCCCUCCUCUCCAUAACCUUGGUAACAACACUCACCUGAUGUCAUGGUUACCACAGCGUGACCUCCUUGCUCAUCCCAAAACGAAGCUUCUGAUAUACCAUGGAGGUCUCGCGGGAGUCUACGAGGCAAUGCACUUCAAGAAGCCCAUGGUUCUUAUUCCACUCUUUGCUGAUCAGCCCUCCGUAGCAGCCCGUAUCGCAAAGAAGAAGAUGGGUGCUGUCCUUAAAAAGUCAACACUCUCUGCUGACGUCAUCAAAUCAACUAUUAACCAAGUACUGACAGACCCAAGUUACCAAGCCAACGUUGAGAAGUAUGGAUCCAUCAGCAAAGACACGAUCGUCAGCCCGCUGGAGACAGCUAUGUUUUGGAUCGAACAUAUCGUCAAAUUUGGCGGCUCACAUCUUAAAUCUAGAGCUGGAGAGAUGAACUUCGUCGCCCUCAACUCGCUGGAUGUCAUCGCCUUUCUCCUCGCCAUCGUCCUACUCGGGCUUUAUAUCCACUACCUUAUUAUGCGAGCCUGUUACCGAUGUAUUACCAGAGGGAAAACUACGGCGAAACCAAAAUCGGACUAAAUGUUCUGAAAUCCUAUCAAUAAGAGUUCAUUUGUUUUUACUUUCUAAACUAAAGAAAAAAGAGCAAUCUUUUACUCAUUUUUAAAUCAUUAAAUUUAUAAUGAAUUUAGAACAUACGAUUUUCAAACUAUUUACUCAAUAACAAGUGAAAGUCAUUCUUAAUCGAGUGAAAUUCAUUCAAUACCUCCGAAUAAUUAACUAUUUACUGGAUGAAGUGCAAACAGAGGACUAACCUCAAAUUGGGUUAAAUUCUAAUUCAUAAUAUCAUACUAUUUUCCAACAUACUUUGUAAAUUUUUGCUUUUUCAUAAUCUAAGCAUAGUAUAAAAUUAUUUUUUUUUAAUAAUAGGUAUACACAUGGUGUCAUUGAACAUUUGAAAUGUAAAAUAAUAGUCGAAUAAGGCCGAGAAGUGUAAGUGUGGCAAAUGGUAAAAAAUAUAGGAAAAAUGAUCAACAAUUUGUAGCGAAACCUUUUAUUACGAAAUAAACGUUUGCAGUGGAAGAUGUUUUCUCUCAAAAUAGUGAGGCAAAGUGAAAAAAUGUUCGAUUCAAAGACACAUUUAUUUUCUUCAAUUUCACAAAUUUAUACACUUUUCGUAAACAUAAAUUCAUACAAAUAUCAGUUUGUCAUGAAGAAUAUAUAUGUUAUGAUUAUAAGGCGUGUACCCUAAAAGCAAAUGCUUGUGGUGGGAUACGCCUAUUAUACAGUAAACAAUACAAAGAAAAUAUAACAGCCAAAUAAUGUUUAGACAUUUGUGCAUUUUAUUGUAAAAUAAAAUGUAAUUUUUUAUACAAGAGGAAUCAU